AUGGACUACGGUAGAACAAGAAGGAAACGUCUUUUAAUGAAUGGAUCAGAUGAAUCAGAGAAUCAAUACGCACAGCACUACGUGGAGUUUCUCGAAACUAUGUCUUAUACAAAAUUUGGAGUCUGCGCUGUUUGCGGUUUCUCUUGCCAAGUUCAGUAUCAUUUUGGUGGUGUUGUGUGUGGAGCAUGUUCGGCAUUCUUCCGAAGAACCGUUUCAUUAAAUAUUCGAUAUUUAUGUGACGGUGACAAUCAGUGCAAAAGCAUGCUGAAAAAAUGCAGAGCAUGCCGAUUCGAGUCAUGUGUUAAAACUGCCGGAAUGAAGAGAAGUUUGGUGAGGCGGAAAAAACCCACGAUAAAAACAACUCCAUUAUACAUAAAGAAUAGAGAGACACAUGUGAGAAAUGAAGAUGUUUUAAGAGCUUUCAUACCAUCUUACACACAUCCUAGUCCUGCAAAUGAAACUGUAGAGGACAAGGGGAAAUUUAGCGAAAAAUUAAAAUUAAGCCAUGGAAACAUCCUAAAAUUCUACAUCAAUCAAGUGAGAUAUGCAAAACGGAAAAAUACGAAUAUAUUUACUAUAAAGACAACUGAAGAUUUCAUGCGAUUAGUUAAUUUUCAAAGAAAAAUAGCUGAUGAAACAUGUUCAUCGUUUCCGGGAGUCGAAUUAAUUGAUGAGAAUAAUAUUCUGAUUCUUCGUAAAUAUCUCCAAUUUUCAAGUGUUUGGAUCGAAUCCACAUGGACAUAUUGGAUCACAAAUUCUUCAGUUUCAGUUGAUAAUAUGGAGAUGGAUAAAAGGCUAAAAGAACUCAUUGAGCACGUCAAAUCAACACUACUAAUUUCGCUGUCUCAAUUAAAACUCAAUAUUUUCGAAUUCGCAGCAUUCAAAUCAUUUUUCGUCUGGAAAUUAGUGUUCCACAAAACAAGCGUUGCCAUGAAAACUAUCGGGCAGGAGCAUUAUGAAUGUGUCAGCAGUGCCUUAAAAAGUUAUUAUCAGACAUACACUUCAAUGGAUUCAACUGAAAUUGCUGUUCGAAUUGGUGAAAUAACGCUAUUGUUAUCAUUAGUUUUUCAAAUAUAUCACGACAUGGCAAAACUGUAUGUGCAUUUGGGACUUCCAUUUUGA